AUGUCGGGCGAGAACACGCCGAAUCAUGCGGAGGAGAACGGCAGUGCCGGCGCACCGGCACCGGUCGAGCACCUCAACAUCAAGGUGACGGACAACAACAACGAGGUGUUUUUCAAGAUCAAGCGGACGACCAAGCUGGAAAAGCUCAUGUCGGCUUUUUGCGACCGCCAGGGAAAGUCGCUCAACUCGGUGCGCUUCCUGUUCGAGGGACAGCGCGUGCAGCCGAGCGACACGCCCGACUCGCUAGAGAUGCAGGACUCGGACACGCUUGAGGUGCACCAGGAGCAAGUCGGUGGUGCAGCAGCUUGCUGA